UUUGUCGCCAGCUACUUCCAGUUUCUAUUCUCAGCCAUGGCUGACGAGGCUCCAGUGUUGAUAACAUUACAAGCCAAAGACCUAACCUGUAGCAUCUGUAUAUGCCGAUAUAAGUGCCCCACUACACUGCCAUGCGGGCACACUUUCUGCAUGGACUGCAUAGAGAGCUAUUGGAGGACUAACAAGAAAAAUGUGUGUCCGGUUUGCCAAAACGUAUUGUCAAGCAAGCCGCAUCUUAGCAAGAACACGGAUCUGGCCUCUCUGCUGGAUUUGCUGCAAGCACAAGACACCAAGGCUCACGAGAACUGUGCAGAGUGUACGGGCCCAGUGCCCCUCAAGUACUGUUUACCCUGUAUGACACCACUAUGCCAGAGUCACCUCCGCCUUCAUGAGGACUCGGUACUGCAGCGACAUCUGCUGGUAAACCCGCUAAACGCAGCCUUUAACUGGUCGUGCAGGCAGCAUAUUAAGGGUCUACAGCACUUCUGUGUUUCUCAUUGCCAACCUCUGUGCCCAGACUGUGUAAGCCAGCAUAAAGAGUGCCAGCCUGUGCCACUAUUAGAUCUCUAUAGGAAAAAUAAGGAUAAAUAUGAAAAGAAGAUUAGUGAAAUGAAUCGAGAUAUCACGAAGCACAAGCAAGUUAUCUCUGAAAAGAAGAACAACUAUCAUGAGAGUCAGGUACUGUUUUGCGAAAUUAAAGAAAACCUUACAAAGGAGUUCAGAGAUAUGAAAGAUUAUCUAGACAAACAGGAGAGAGCCGCUUUCUGGAGAAUUAAACAAGAGCAGGAAAGAGCUCAAAAGAAAAUAAAUGAAAUUAUUAACCCACUUAUCACCGGCAUAGAGAAAGUUAAGGAAUUAAAAACCCAGCUAGAAGACAGACUGCAAAAUGAUUGGAUAGAAGUUUUGAAGGACACAAGAGCAGAAAGUGACAUCUUUAAGCCAUUAACUACAACAAAGGAUGAAGUUUUAUUUGAUGAAAAUAGAAUUGUAGACAUUACGCAUAUGGUAUCUGAAAUUAAAAAAUCACUCUUCAAGCAUGCACUGUUGGAACAGUCCCACUGCCCUCCAAAACAAGAAGAUCUACUUGAAAUCCAAGUAGGUGAUGCCUCUUGUUCCGCUGUACAUCAUCCAGAAAAGAGACCAAAGAUGUUCCAACCAUUCCCAGAAGACACUCUCAGAUUCCAAGCAGCAGAAGCCUCUUGUGGCUUUGUGCAACAUCCCACAGCAAAACCCCAGGAAAAGUGCUCAAACAAGUUCCUGCAAUGGGCACGCAAUGUGUUUUUUGAUGAAGAAACUAUUAGUUGCAGGCUAUCUUAUUCCAGAGACCUGAAGACUGUCACAGUGAGUGAUAACAAUCAGUACCCCAAACAACCAAGAAGAUUCACCAACUGCCAAGCCCUGGGCUCUCAGGGUUUCUCUACUGGAUUCCAUUACUGGGAAAUCAGCACCAAGGAGAGCAACGUAGGGGCAGUCGGAGUUGCUUCUUCAGAGAUCAGCCAGGGGGAUCAACUUGGCAGAAACAAUUUGUCCUGGUGUAUAGAAUGGAACUCCGACCGAUUUGUGGCUUGGCAUAACAAAGACAACAUCAAAAUCCGCCAGCCAAAACCAGAUGUUGUAGGGGUGCUGCUGGAUGGUGAUGAAAGAUUACUCUCAUUUUAUUCAAUUGUAGAAGAAGUUCAGACACUUUUGCACACUUACAAACUCCCGUUGAAUUAUUUACUCUUUCCAGCGAUUUGGUUAUCUGGCAUUAAGAAAGGAAAUUCAUUAAGUAUAAUACAUUUUUAACUUAAGUAGAUGUCAAGUUAAAGGGAUGUUCCAUAAAAAAAUCUAUCAUGAACAUUAAAAAGCAGCAAUUAUAGGCACAGUCUAGUCAAAAUUAAAUUUUCAGGAUUCAGAUAGGGCAUGCAAUUUUAAACAACUUUCCAAUUCACUUUUAUCAUCAAAUUUGCUUUGUUCUCUUGGCAUUCUUAGUUGAAAGCUAAACCUAGGUAGGCUCAUAUGUUAAUUUCUAAGCCCUUGAAGGCCGUCUUUAAUCUCGAUGGAUUUGACAGUUUUUCACAGCUUGGGGGGGGGGGGGUAGUUCAUAUGUGCCAUAUAGAUAACAUUGUGCUCACAACUGUGGAGUUACUUAUGAGAGGGCAUUGAUUGGCUAAAAUGCAAGUCUGUCAAAAGUACUGAAAUCAUGGGGCAGUCUGCAGAGGCUUAUAAACAAGGUAAUCACAGAGAUAAAAAGUGUAAUAAUAUAACCAUGUUCGUUUUGCAAAACUGGGGAAUGGGUAAUAAAGGGAUUCUUUAUCUUUUUAAACAAUUAAAAUUCUGAAGUAGACUGUCCCUUUAAACAUCUUAAAAAAUAUUUUUGUUGAUUGAAAAAGGUUAACGGAACAUACAAAUAAAACUGAACUGCACAUGAAUGCAUUUUAAUACACAUAUAGUAGCAAAAAUGGUUCUAGAAAAAAUUAUAACUGUCACAGUGAUAGCUCUUACUGUAUAUAAGCUCAGAUUUACAAUCAAAGCUGUCAUUUUAACAGCUAUAGGUUUUACUAGAAUAACUAUUGCUAUUACACAUGUAUUUCACAAAUGUUUCAAUUCAAAUAUUAAAUGCAUGUGUAUGAUGUUACAAUACUAACAGUGGGCUGCAAACGAACAGAGGGGCAUAUCUAUCAAGCUCCGUAUGGAGCUUGAUGCCCCGUGUUUCUGGCGAGCCUGCAGGCUCGCCAGAAACAGCAGUUAUGAAGCAGCGGUCACAAAGACCACUGCUCAAUAACCUGUCCGCUUGCUCUGAGCAGGCGGACAGACAUCGCCGGAAAUCAACCCGAUCGAGUACGAUCGGGUUGAUUGAUACCCCCUGCUGGCGGCCCAUUGGCCGCGAGUCUGCAGGGGGCGGCGUUGCACCAGCAGCUCUUGUGAGCUGCUUGUGCAAUCCUGAAUACGGAGAGCGUAUUGCUCGCCGUAUUCAGCGAGGUCUGGCAGACCUAAUCUGCACUGUCGGAUCAGGUCCGCCAGACCUUGUUAAAUAGAGGCCAGAGAGUAUAAAGACUGGCGAGUGCCUUCUUGUAUAAUGGUGUGUUUAAAGUGAUGGUAAACUUUAGCUAAUGAAAUGCCAUAUAUGUAAUCUUUGCCAUUAAAAAAGUAUAUGUGUACUUUUUUUUUUUUAAAUCUAUCAGUGAAAAGGGCUAAAUCCAUGCUUAAAGUAAUUCCAAUUAACAUCCAAUCAGUGUGAAGUCCAGCCCUUUAAAAGCCCUUAAAGGGACAUGAAACCCAUUUUUUUUUGUUCAUGCUAUAGAAAGAGCAUGCAAUUUUAAACAACUUUUUAAUUUACUCCUAUUAUCUAAUUUGUUUUAUUCUCUUGAUAUUCUUUGCUGAAAAGCAUAUCUAGAUAGGCUCAGUAGCUGCUGAUUGGUUGCUGCACUUAGAAGCCUCAUGUGAUUGGCUCACCCAUGUGCAUUGCUUUUUCUUCAACUAAGGAUAUCUAAAAAAUGAAGCAAAAUAAAUAAUAUAAGGAAAUUGGAUUGUUUUUUAAAUUUGCAUUCUAAAAUUUUUGGGUAUAGUAUCCCUUUAAGUGCCAUAACACAUUUGAGUUAUGUGCAUAUUAUAAAAGGGUCAACUUAGGUAAAACAGUGUGUGAAAAAAAAGUGUAAAAAAACGCUUAUAAGUAUUUUAAUAAAAUUUCCAAAAAUCUGCAAAAUUACUUACACUUUAGUGUUGCCAAAUGUAGCCUGCUCCAGCCCCAUUAUCGGUGUCCUACUCCAAACCUUGUGGUAUCAUGUAACAUAAAUGUGCACGUGAGGAUAAAUACUUAUGCAAGUAAGGGGAUUUGUUACCAAGAGGCUUGCUCGUUUCCAUGGGGAUAAUGUCACAUGCUUUGUAAAAGCUUCAGCAUUAUACUGUGCACUGCUUUAGUCAGGUGUCAUAGGAUUCUGCCCCCUACCGUGCACGUGCACAAGUGCAUUCUGCUAAAGUUAUGGCCUGGAUAGCACCUUCCAAACAAAACUAUGCCUGAAUUAAAGGGGUAAUGGGGGGUUAAAACAGAAACCGUUUUGCAGGUAACCAUUGGCUACAUUAUAUAUUUAGAAACUUAUCUUAGUUUAUCUUAGGGUGGGACUGCUCUCUAUGGGCCUGAUGAUCGAAAGUAUCCACCGAUAUGUUGAGCGAGCCUGAAGAAAUAUUCCAAGCUCCCGACAUAUGGGUAUCGCCGAGAGGCGUUUACUAUACAUGCCAUUGGUCGGCAACACUGGCUAUAGAUAACACCCAACAUCGCAGACCAUAUUGGUGAUGCAUAGUAAAAGGAUCCUUUGAAAUUGAACUGCCGUACCUAACCACUAAUCCUAAUACCCCUAAACUGAAGUACCCCACUAUUGCAAACUAACACUACACUAAUAAUGAUCUAAACCACCACAUACCCACUGCAAAUAUCUAUCCUAUUAACCCCUAUACUGCCACAUACCCACUGCAAGUACUAUCCUAUUAACCCCUAUACCUCCACAUACCCACCGCAAAUACUAUCCUGUUAACCCCUAUACCGCCACUAGCCCACCGUAAGUACUAUCAUAUUAACCCCUAUACCGCCAUAUACCCACCUGAAGUACUAUACUAUUAACCCCUAUACCGCCACUAGCCCACUGCAAGUACUAUUCAAUUAAUCCCUAUACCUCCACAUACCCACCGCAAGUACUAUCCUAGUAACACCUAUAAUGCCACAUACCCACCACAAGUACUAUCUUAUUAACACCUAUACCGCCACAUACCCACCGCACGUACUAUCCUAUUAACCCCGAUACGCCACAUACCCACCACAAUUACUAUCCAAUUAACCCCUCUACUGCAACAUACCCACUGCAAGUACUAAACUAUUAACUCUGAUAAUAAAGAGAGAAGGGCUUGAUGUGUAUGUAAAAGCCAAUUAAAAAAGGUGCAAUAUACUCACUCCAUAAGUUGUAUAUUGUCUGCUUGUUUGGAGUGUCUCACUCAGAUAAUCAGUGCUGUUUAUCCCAAGGGAUUCAAUAAAGUUGAGAGUAGAAUAGAAAUAUUACUUUGAUUAUUCUUUUGUAAGGUAUUAGAAAAAGGUUCAUUUCCAAUUAUCACUAUAUUGGUAGAAAUUACAUUGGUCAAUAUAUUGUCCUUUUAAUAAUAUUUAAAUAUAUGAGGAACAUCGUGCAAACUUAUAGAUAGUAAAUUUUGUCAAAUUAAAUGGAAAUGUUAAAUUGUACUAUAAUUACAUAAAGAAACCGUCUUCAUAAAAACUUUAGAUUUUCUCUAUAUAUGGCUAAAUAGCAAGGUUUAUAUAUAGUAACGAUUCACGGAAAAAAAUUUGACUCAGCACUGGUUUAUUAGAUCAUACCUGUAUGAAUAUGUUUUAUUUUAUUUUAUUCAAUGCAAAAACAUUAUACCAUGCAUUGGCAGCUAACUAGCAUCUCUAGUAACUACAUAUGUGAUAUGAGGGAGACCGUGUUUGUACGUACAAUAUAACUGUUCGAUUUUAAAUGUAAAAUGUUAUGUUCUUUACUAUGAACUUGCUGGCAUCUUGAAAAUGUUGUACUUUAAUGUUGUACUCUAAUAUGCAUACCAUGUCGAUUAAGAACAUUUGCUGUUCACCUGUUUAUUUUACUCUACAGAAGGUUUGUUAAAUCGGGUCACUUAGCCUACGAAACAUACACGUCAAUCGGGAUUACCCUCUCCUUUUAGAAGAACCAAUAACAGAACAACAAAACGGAACUCUAUCCAAUCAUGGAUCAUUUACUACAGUGGACGGUAACCUACGCCUAAUAGGACGACGGAAGCAUGUGAUACAAAGUGGACCUGAAAUGGAACUUCUGACUUUAAACUACUCGAUUGAGGACUGCUUACAAUGAACUUUUCGGCUAUCACGUAGCAAGGCCAAUUUUCAUUGGUAGAUAUUGAUAUUCAUGCCGAACUACCUGUUUUUAGAUAAAAAAAAUAAAUAUAAACGUGGCAUAUGUUGAAAUUUAAAUUAUAACUUUGCUUUGAGAUAAGUUUUGGUUGGGCAUGAAUAUAAAUCGGAUAUUAUGUUCUCUUGAAUAAUAUUACAAAUCCAUUUUAUUGUGAGUCCAACUUCCUGUUUUUGACAGGAAAUUGGAACAUCAGAUAUCUGUAUUUAAACCGGCCUGGAAGGUCACAGCACACAAACAUUUCACCUGUUUUAACUGAUUUUAUACCAGCUCUUGAAAAAGACGUUCCUUAGACGUUGAAACGCGUAGAGAAAAUAAACCCUUUUUUAUCUUUA